AUGAGGAGCCCUGGGGCCCCAGGCUGGGCAUCAAAAAGGCUGUGCAGGCGAAGCAGAGCACAGACAGCUUGCUUCUGGGACCAGCAGCUAGCCAGACACCCCGUACCUGCUCUGUUCAACUUGCCCAGGCCAGGCGGGAACACGGCCCUGCCGCGCUCCAGCGUGAUUGCGCCCACACUCUUCUGUGCCGUUCUCUACUUGGCUUGUGUUACUGCUAAGCUUCCAGAAGUGAGCAGAAGGAUGGCCACCAGCGGAGCCAGAAGCAAGGAAGGCCACCGGGAGCGCGCCUUCACCCCAGAACCUUUCAGUGGUGCUAACACAGAUGCCAGCCUUUGGCUACACCGCUUUGAAGUCAUCGAUGACCUCAACCACUGGGACCAUGCCACCAAACUGAUGUUCCUGAAAGAGUCCCUCAGGGGAGAUGCCCUGGAUGUCUACAAUGGACUCAGUCCCCAGGCCCAGGGCGACUACAGCAUUGUGAAGGAAGCCCUCCUGAGGGCCUUUGGGGGCCCUGGGUCUGCCCACAGCCAGAAACCCAAAGAGAUUGUAUUCGCCAACAGCAUGGGUAGGGGCUACUACCUUAAAGGGAAGAUUGGUGACGUGCCUGUGAGGUUCCUGGUGGACUCGGGGGCUCAGGUGUCUGUGGUCCAUCCAAGCUUGUGGGAGGAGGUCACUGACGGUGACCUCGAUACCCUUCGGCCUUUCGAAAAUGUGGUCAAAGUGGCCAACGGGGCCACAAUGAAGAUCUUGGGUGUGUGGGACACAGUAUUUAGCCUGGGCAAGAUGAAGCUGAAGGCAGAGUUCCUGGUGGCCAACGCGAGUGCAGAAGAAGCUAUCAUUGGCACCGACGUGCUGCAGGACCACAGUGCCGUGCUGGACUUCGAGCACCGCACUUGCACCCUGAAGGGGAAGAAGUUCCGCCUGCUGCCUGUCGGGGGCUCCUUGGAGGAUGAGUUUGACCUGGAAUUCAUUGAGGAGGAGCCUUCUGAGGCCCCGGAGGGCUCCCACUAAGAAACCCCACUCUUUGCCCCCAGCAUUGGUAGGGGGGACCUUGUGUUGUGGGGAGCAAAUGUCCUCGGGGGGGGGUGUCCUUGGGCCUGGCCAAUCUUUACACUUGUUCCCUCCUUCUGCAGGAGCCUUACCUUGGCCCUGGUGGGGGAGGGCGGGCAGCUUGGUGGCCUAAAGCAUGGUCCCCAGGGGCUGCGAAGACUUUCAAGGCUGGCAGGAGCUUCCAAGAAGGCUAGGGACGUCUAUCUUGAGAGAGGUCCAGGGACCCUUUUAGAUUCCCUGAAGAGUGGCUUGGCUUGAUCACCUCCAGGUCCCCAAGCCU